AUGAAUACACGCGCAAACUCUGGAACUCCAGAUCCCCAAGCGGCACAUAUAGACAAUGAAAUCGCUUCAAUCCGCACCGAAAUCCAAAACCUCAAGCGCCGAAAAAGAUUCCUCUCAUCCAGUCUCCUCACAUCCAAAAACAUCCAACCCCUCCUCAACAAACCCUUAACAUCACUACACACCGAACUCUCCCCCCUCGCCGAAGCAGCAGACACACACUCCGAAACAAAUCAUUACAGAAUCGCUUUCGGAACAACCGCAUUCCCAUUUAAGGAUCCCUCUCCUACUGCUCCUAGUGAGAAUCUGCUCGGUAUCCGGAUAGAUGUUAGUACGCGGAAUGGAAGGUUUGCGAAACCGUACUAUGUCCUUUUGCGACGGGAGCGCGUGAAGGCUCAACAGGAGAAACAGUUACGGGUCCAUCGACAUACUAUUCCGGGGUUUAUAUCUGUUUCGAAGCUUGAGGGGUUUUAUCUUCCUUCUGCUUUUGCGGCGAGGGGGGUAGAGGUUGCGGAUAGUGAGGGCAGUGAUGAGGAGGCGGAGGCAGAGGCGGGGCCGUUGAAACAGAAGAGGGUUUCGGUUAGGAGGCAGGAUUUAAGGGGUUUUGUACGGGAGCUGAGGCGUGAGCUUACGGCUUGGCAUUUACGGUGUGAUGCUGUGGAACUUUUACGUGAGAGACUUGGUUUGAGUGAGGAUGAGAAUUCGGAUUCUGGAUCUGUGGAUCGAUUGUCGCCGGAGAGUAAGGCGGGAAUUGUAUCGUUGGCUGCUACUACGUCCGAGACGCGGUAUGUGCGAUUAGAGUGGGAAGAUGGACGUGUUGGGCGAUUUAAAUUGACUAAUACCGGUGUUGUUGAGAGGGCGGUUAUUAUUGGGGAUUCGGGUCGUGAUAAGCAGGUUGAGGAUGCGAUGACUGGCUCUGGGGGGAGAAUCGAGAGUUUACUGGAACGGUUGAAGAAACAUGCCCCGACACCUGGAUCUCCAUGA